GCGCACUACGCACCCCACUUAACGUAUCACCAGCAACAGUCACACCUAUAUAUAAGAAACACAAAAAACUAGCGCGCAUUCACAAAGCUCGUUGAAGCUAGCGUGUAGUGUGUACUGUGUAGCAAUGGAAGACGAGGGAGGAGAGAGAUCGAGCAUCGUGAUUGGUCUCAUCGAGAACAGAGCUAAAGAGGUUGGAGUUGCUGCUUUCGACUUAAGGUCAGCUUCACUGCAUCUUUCUCAAUAUAUUGAGACCAGCAGUUCAUAUCAGAAUACAAAAACUUUGCUGCAUUUCUACGAUCCCAUGGUGAUCAUUGUUACCCCGAACAAGCUGGCACCGGAUGGUAUGGUUGGAGUUUCAGAGUUGGUGGAUAGAUUUUAUGCUAAAGUAAAAAAGGUUGUAAUGGGCCGUGGUUGCUUUGAUGAUACUAAGGGUGCUGUGCUGAUUAAAAAUCUAGCAGCCAAGGAGCCUUCUGCACUUGGUUUGGAUACUUAUUACAAGCAGUAUUAUCUAUGCUUGGCUGCCACUGCAGCUACUAUUAAAUGGACAGAAGCAGAAAAAGGGGUCAUUGUUACAAACCACUCGUUGUUGGUUACGUUCAAUGGAUCAUUUGACCACAUGAAUAUUGAUGCUACCAGUGUACAAAAUUUAGAAAUUAUUGAGCCACUUCAUUCAACCCUUUGGGGCACAAGCAACAAAAAAAGAAGUCUGUUCCAUAUGCUUAAGACAACAAAAACUAUUGGAGGGACUAGACUUCUUCGUGCCAAUCUUUUGCAGCCUUUGAAAGAUAUUGAAACCAUCAAUGCUCGCCUUGAUUGCCUGGAUGAGCUGAUGAGCAAUGAACAGCUGUUUUUUGGCCUCUCUCAGGUUCUGCGUAAAUUUCCAAAAGAGACAGAUAGAGUACUGUGUCAUUUCUGCUUUAAGCCAAAGAAAGUCACAAAUGGCGUCUUGGGUAUUGAUUACGCUAGGAGAAGCCAAAUGUUAAUCUCAAGCAUUAUUCUCCUUAAAACAGCAUUGGAUGCACUGCCUUUACUCUCAAAGGCACUUAAGGAUGCAAAAAGUUUUCUUCUUGAAAACGUAUACAAAUCUAUAUGUGAAAAUGAGAAAUAUGCGUCCAUUAGAAAAAGGAUCGGAGAGGUGAUUGAUGAAGAUGUUCUUCAUGCACGGGUUCCUUUUGUUGCCCGCACACAGCAGUGUUUUGCUGUCAAGGCAGGCAUUGAUGGACUUUUAGAUAUAGCAAGGAGGUCAUUUUGUGAUACUAGUGAAGCAAUACAUAAUCUUGCGACCAAGUAUCGCGAAGAUUUCAAAUUGCCCAAUUUGAAACUCCCAUUUAACAGUAGGCAAGGUUUUUACUUUAGCAUACCACAGAAGGAUAUUCAAGGAAAGCUUCCUAGCAAGUUCAUUCAGGUCUUGAAACAUGGGAACAACAUACAUUGCUCAACUCUGGAACUUGCUUCUCUGAAUGUUAGAAAUAAGUCUGCAGCUGCAGAGUGUUAUAUACGAACAGAAGUUUGCCUGGAAGCACUUUUAGAUGCCAUACGGGAGGAUGUUUCUGUGCUCACUCUCCUUGCUGAGGUCUUAUGUCUUUUAGACAUGAUUGUCAAUUCAUUUGCUCAUACAAUAUCGACUAAGCCUGUUGAUCGAUAUACUAGACCUGAAUUUACAGAUAAUGGUCCAAUGGCAAUUGAUGCUGGAAGACACCCUAUCUUGGAAAGCAUACACAAUGAUUUCAUUCCCAACAACAUCUUUCUCUCAGAAGCAUCAAAUAUGGUGAUUGUCAUGGGCCCAAACAUGAGUGGAAAGAGCACUUACCUUCAACAAGUUUGUCUCACAGUUAUUCUUGCUCAGAUUGGUUGCUAUGUUCCUGCUCGCUUCUCAACUUUUAGGGUAGUUGAUCGUAUAUUCACAAGGAUGGGUACAGUGGAUAAUCUUGAAUCAAACUCUAGUACGUUCAUGACAGAGAUGAGAGAGACAGCUUUUGUAAUUCAGAAUGUCUCCAGAAGGAGUCUGAUUGUUAUGGAUGAACUUGGGAGGGCUACUUCUUCCUCUGAUGGAUUUGCGAUUGCAUGGAGCUGCUGCGAGUAUCUGUUAUCAUUGAAAGCGUACACCAUAUUUGCUACUCAUAUGGAGAACCUAUCAGAAUUAGCAACCAUCUAUCCAAAUGUGAAGAUUCUUCACUUUCAUGUUGACAUAAGAAACAACCGUUUAGAUUUCAAGUUUGAACUCAAGGAUGGUCCAAGAUAUGUACCACAUUAUGGUCUAUUAUUAGCAGAAGUGGCAGGUUUACCAAGCUCAGUGAUUGAAACAGCCAGAAGCAUAACAUCCAGGAUCACAGAAAAGGAAGUGAAGAGGAUGGAAGUAAACUACCUGCAGUAUCAUCCAAUCCAGACGGCCUACCGUGUUGCUCAACGGCUUAUAUGUUUGAAGUACUCCAGCCAAGAUGAGGAUUCAAUUCGGCAAGCAUUGCAGGAUCUAAAAGAGCAGUAUAUUGACGGAAGGCUCUAGAGUCUAGAGUUUGGUAUAUAGUACAAUUCUGUAUUUUGGUACCUACUUGGUACUGAAAGCACAAUGUAACUGGUUUGUUAUCUGGCCCGGAGAUGUAUCAUCAACUUUUAGCAGAAUAUUCAUUACGUCUGUGUUAACAGAAAGCCAGAAUGUGCAGGUUGAAGUUUUGCCGUGGGUUAUAACUGGAAGCCGCAAGGCUGUAAGGAGGUUGAUAUUCUUUUUACUUCUCUUGCGUGCCUGAUUGAUAUUUGGCACAUAGGGAAGCAGCAUUGUCCAGCAAGAUUGGAAAAAAUACCUUGUUGAGAUUUCAUGCAUUUAAGAUUCAAUACAUGCAACUGGAUGAGCAAAAGAAACUAACUACUCAGCUUAUAAAUGCAUUAGAGUUGUGCCAACCUGGUUUUCUGGGUGAAUUUGUUGAUAUUUCAUAUU